AUGGCUAUGAACAGCCACAACAGCACUCAGAUUGCCAGCAAUGAGCUGGAGUGCAUGAUGCAGUUGGGUGAGCUCUACUCUGGUGGCAUGAAGCUUGAUGAUGCUGUGAAAACAGUGCAGAACAGUGCACCAGCUUGUAAGAAGUACUUGGAUGAUGUGGGGUACUUCUGCAAGAUGUACACUGGGGGGGAAUCCUUCCCACUUUUGAAAUGCUUGGACACUUUCUGUAAAAGAAAUUGCCAUUCAUUGCUCAUUGGGGAAGAGAUGAUGAACCACUUGGCCUGGUACGAUUUCAAGAUCCCAGGGAGGACCAUGGCUUUGACCAGAAUCAGUUUAGCUGCAGCCAUGCUUAGCAGCAAGAGGCACCAAGAUGGGAUCUCAAGGUUGAUCUACAAGAGUGACUUUGACAAGCUCAAGGGCAAGGAGACUACAAAAAGUCUUGAUGAAAUGUUGACAACACUUUGGGACGAAGCCAGCAAACAUGACCCUGACUUGGGCCACAUGUGCUGGUGCACUGCUGCAGUGAGGAUGGUUCUUCACAUCCUUGGGAAGGAAAAAAUGGCAAAGCAAGAUACCUUCGAGUCAUUUGCUGCAAUAGUGGAGCUUUUCUCUGAAGAUCUCAAAGCAGGCCCUGUGGCCUUGCCAGCCAAGCCUGUGCCAAAGGCCCCUGCUGAGAGUUCUUCUGGAUCAAGUGUCAAAGACAUGCUGAAAGCUUCCAACUCAGAAGUUGCAUUGUUCCAAAACAGUCACAUCAAGGUUGGUGACAAGUAUUCACACAGUGAUCACCUUGACAAAGUGUUCAUCCUGGCAGAUCUCAAUGACACAGAGGCCACCUUUGAGCAUCGACCUUUGUUUGACUCUGCUGAGCAAGUGAAGGAGAAGCUGGAUUCUUUGAAGAAGUGGAAGCCCACCAAGAAGGAGCCCACCAUGAUGUGCCCUCAGCAUAUUUGCAUUUCAAGGCUGCCACACAAUGUGGACAUUGUGAAGAAGGAAAUUGACAAAACCAUGGCAACACAUCUGCUGAUGCAGGCCUACAUGAGCCACAAGGUUGCUGAUGAGUCUUUGCUGGGCUUUGCUACCCACCCAUCCAAUUUGUUUCUUCUGAAAAAGAUCAAGAAGAAGGACUUGAAGCUCUACCCCUUUGGCAAUUGUCUACCUGUAGCUGAGAAAGAUCAAACCAAGGUCUUUGAGAACACCAAGAAUGUGCUUGUGUGGUUCAAGGACAAGCCGUACCUUGUUCAGCCCUUCAAGAAUUUGAGCAGCUUCACCAAACCUGAAGCUGGCACCCUGUGCCCUUACUUUUGGGUCAAGAGCUCUGAGGAGGAGGAAGAGAUCAAUCUACAGACUGUUUGGGUCAACUUCCAGGGGUUGCAGAUCCCAACCUUGCAGAAUGAAGAUGCCAUUCCAGAGCACUCAGUGCUUUUGAAGUCUUCUGAGCAACAGCCUCAUGAGCCACCAGCCAAAAAGGCUAGAUCUUCUUAG